UCUUUCUCUAGAUCAUAUUUUUCUUAAAGUUUGAAUCUUUCCUUCCUUUUUGUUAUUCCAAGUAUUUAACUUUAUCAACUUAAUUUUGGGUAUGACUGCUUUGUUUUGAACAGAUUCAAAGUGAUGGGUUUCUUGUUUAAGAUUCAUAUUUACUUUGGUUCAUUUCAGCUCUUUUAUCUGUGGAUUUAUGGUUUUGCAGACUGCAACUUGAAUUUAAUGGUAGCUUUUCAUUAGCUUGUUUAAGAGUAUGGGUAGAGGUAAAGGAAAAGGAAAGAAGUCGACUGUUAGCAACCAUGAUGACGCGGGAAGUGGCGAAGAAGAGAAAAUUCCUAUGCAGAAGAGAAGGGGAAGGCCACAAAAGCCGUUGAAAGAUGAAUUGACGACGAAGAGUCGGAAAAGUAAAGAGGAGGAUGGUGAGAAUGGAAAAGCUGAUAUCACAACCAAUGAGAGAAAGAGUCCCCCUGCUGCCGAGAUCGGCAAAAAGAGAAAACAUAACCCCCAGGUGAAAGAGAGGCCGAUUCGGGAAAGAAGAGAAUGGCUUCGGCAGCAGACCAAGCAUGAUGACUCUUCAAAGUCUAAUGGUUUUCGGCAAUCGGGAGUAGGCGUAAGAGUAAGCCGCGUCGAGCUGCUGAAGCAGUCGUCGAGGCAAGUGAGAUUGCGGCUGUUAUAUAGGUGUCUUUCUUUUUCACUUUGCCAAACACAUGAUGAAUAAGAAGUGAGGCCUAGUAAAUCUCUCUAUCUGAUAUUCCAUCUAGGUAAUUGUUUCCUUCCAUUUUUGGUGAUUCCUUAUCUUUAAUUCAGUUCUAUUUUAUCUGGUUUUGGAACUGAUUCUGCUGUUGUAAUUUUUGAAAUGCUGUUAUAUUCCUUAUCAUCACUGGAUUCAUCAUCUUACAGUGCCGACUCUUCUUUCAGUAUUUUCGUAAAUUCGGUGGCACGUAUAACACCCAUGUAUGUACAUGCUA